AUGGCCGCCUUUGUGAGGGUUUCCGGUCCCCCCAACAGCAGCUUUCUCGUAGGCUAUCCUGGCAUCUCCGCGACGCUGCCCCGAGUCGAAGGCAAAGUCGAAAUCCGUCCAUCCCAGGGCUAUUCCAUGCCCGUCGCCAUCUCCCUAGUGCGCAUAUGUUUACAGCGACGAGAGACGAUACACCCCGCUGCUGAGAAUGUCGCGAAACGACAUCUUGGUACCCCGAGAAGGGAGACAACAGACGUGGUCGGCAAGGAGCUUCUGCUCUUUCGGUGCCAGUCAGGGAAGGAGGCCGAGAGCGUCAUCGCAAUGGACCUGCCAUUCGUCCUGUUCAUACCAUUCGGAAGAGGCGGCGAGGAGACGAACCGACGAAUACCUCCAGCCUCCCUACAACUACCCAGCCGAACGGCCGAAACAUACUACGAGCUCGUUGUGACAGUACAACAAGGCCACACAUUACAGAACAAAUACUCUUUCCCCAUACCGCUGCAGCGAUACGAUACGUUGUCGACCUUUGGCAUGUACAACAAGCCCGAAUCUCGACAAGUCAGCGAUGCGAGCGUCGUCACGCUGGGAAUAUCAGUCCCCAAGUGGAGCUACGGACCGCUCGAUCCAAUAACAGUGUAUAUCAAGCUAGUACCGAACCCCGACUGGAUGAAGAAAGCGUUAAAGGUUACGAUUCAGAAGAUCACCGUCGCCAUCGAGGAGGAAAUUACGUACAAUCCGGAGGGAGACGAGCCGUCGAAGAAGAUCAACAAAAUUGCGAAGAACCAACAGGUUGUGAAUACGAGAAUGCCAGAGGCUGGAUACGCCACGAACCUUGGACUGGUUUUCCCUUCCAAGGACUUACGCGACCCUGACGGCAUCAUUCGGCGAGGGAAGCCCGCCUUUCCGCUGUACGAGGUCACCUCUUUCACGACAAGUUCAACAUUAUACAAGAUUGAAUUUUUCUUAACUGUCAAGGCACAACUAAGCUCCACGAGGGAUCUGACCGUGAGGCAACCACUCGUCAUUUGCCCCAUGGACCAGCAAGCGUGCAAAGAGGAGAUGGACGCCAUCGAACAGGCCGCCAAGGAUGCGUCGCAUGUCGACCCCAAUAACCCGAUGUUGCCAGCGCGAGCGAUUGUACUUGCGAACGACCGGGAAUCGCUCAAAACCCUCGGCCUCUGUUUGGUCGCAGGGCAGAAGAAGCCGUUAAUCGAGUGA